AAAAACCGACGUGUAAUUUGGAUGUCAAAAGUCUGUUCUCUCGUCACAAUGAUGAAAAAGAAUCAUUUAUUCGGUUUCGUGCUUCUAACACUGUCUGUUGCAGCAUUGCUCGUCAGCGCCAGAGAUAUUCUCAUUCGCGAGGUGGACUACAAAAGCAACGCCGACUACGUGAAGGUCUUCAUCAAGAUACGAAAUGGAACCGAUAAGGUGCGUAGCUCCGUGGUCGAUAUAGAUGCGUUGUGGCAGCGGGACGUCACCGAUGGGGUGCUGGUGCACUUGGAUCUAGCAUCGAAAAUGGGCGCCGAAUAUCGCACACUGCUCAGCUCGACCGUCGAUGUGUGCAGUUUGAAUGUGUCUAAAUCGACCGAUCCACUGAUGCGGCUGUUGGUUGGCGAAAUGAACAAGUAUGGGAAUAUGACGGUCGACUGUCCGCUGCACUCGGGUAAUUAUGUGGUUCGUAAUUUCCGUAUCAAUCGCGAGAACAUGCUGAUAAAGAUGGCACCGCCCGGUGAGUAUCGCGUGGGCAUUGAUGUGAAACAUAAAAUGGAACAAAGUAAGCCGGCGGUUCCCAUUUUUGAUAUCGAGUUCUACGCCAAUGUAGUCGCAGACAAAGCAUAACCUUGUUCGCUUAAGGCGCGCACAUUUCCUAGAUAAAUGUUUCGAGUGUAAUAG